AUGAGCGGACCUGUCGUUGAGAAGGCACCAGAAACUGACGACGAAUUCAGCGCUGAUACUCCAUCUACGUCAGUACAGCUGCAUCUGCUGAACCCUUGUGAGAGCGUGGCUAUGCCACAAAGAGCUCGAGUUCAUGUUGAUGAGAAAUUGGAGCAGAGGUGGCGGAAGCUGGGUGAAGAUGUUCUGACAGCAGCCGUGAGACGGGUCCAACCCACAAUGAAGAUGGUGAAUGAUAUGGAGACGUGCCUGGACAACACUCUUGCCGCCGUUCAGGGUGCAUCAGGGCACAUCCGUCACGCGUCAACUGUCGUCUACCAUCUGGAGGACAGUGUUGAGGCCCUUUUGGACGCUGCAAAAUUGAUACCGACAAGUUUCGAGAAUACCGUCAGGGUGAUGCGUCUGGCAUGA